AUGAAGAACCCCAAAUCCAGCAUCUCCUUCACCUCCAAACCCGUCGACGGCGCAGAAUCAUCUGGCUCCGCACCCUACGAUGGCAUCCACAAAGGCCACCAGGGCGGCAACGACGCCCACCUCCGCACAAUCGGCGGCGGAGCAAAGCUGAGCAAGCAGUACGGACCCGUGGACAAGCUGGAUCGCUACCUCUCCUCGAAACCGAUCAUCUCCUUUGGCCUGACGCUGCAAGCCUCGUGGGAAGCUGUAGCAAUCUCCUUCCAGUCGACACUUCUCAACGGCGGGCCAUCGACGCUGGUGUACGGUAUGCUGUUGAGUACGUUCGGCUCGAGCGCGAUGGCUGCGACGCUGGGUGAGAUGGCUUCGAUCAAUCCUUCCGUUGGCGCGCAGUACCGGUGGACUGCUAUGCUGGCACCGAAAGGGUCAAACCCAAGGUUCUUGGGCUACCUGCAAGGCUGGCUUACGGUGUUCGCAUACAACGCUGCAUGCGCUCUCAACCCCUUCCUCAUGGCGCUCAUAAUACAAGGCUGUAUCAUCCUCUGCGAUGAGACGUACAUUCCUGCGGCAUGGCAUACCACUCUUCUCGCAUACGCCUCAAUGGGCAUACCUGUACUCUGCAACAUCUACGCCCGCCGACUGAUUGCGCCUUUGGAAAUCGUUGCGGCUAUUCUCCACGUCCUGCUGCUGAUCGUUUUCGUCGUCGUCCUCACCACGAUGGCUCGGAGAAGUACCGCGGACUUUGCCUUCAACACCUCGUUCUUCGGCAUCUCUGGCUGGGAGAGCCAAGGCAUACAGUGGUCCGUCGGUCUGCUGGCAGUCAUCUUUCCACUUGGAGCCUACGAUUCGUUGCUUCACAUGGCGGAUGAAACGAAGAAUGCCGAGCGAACCGUACCACAGGCUAUGUGGAUGUUCACUGCGCUUUCGGGCGUGGUCGGCUUCAUCUUCGUCAUUGUGCUCAUGUUCUGCCUUGGGGAUGUCGACAAGGUGUCGAACACACCUACAGGCCUGCCCAUCAUCGAAACACUGUAUGAAGCCACCGGCUCCAAAGCCGGGACCGUCUUCAUGAUGCUGUGCAUCUAUGUGAUCAUCGGCGCCUCACAGUUCAACAUCCUCGCUUCCGUCUCGCGACUUGCAUGGGCCUUCGCAAAAGACGGCGGCCUCCCCUUCAGCCACAUCUUCGCCCGUGUCCACCCCACCCUCCGCAUCCCCGUCAACGCCGUCAUCCUCACAACAACCGUCUGCCUCUUGAUCAACAUCAUCCCCAUCGGCUCGACGACAGCUUUUUACGCGCUCACCUCGCUGUCAACGCUGGCGCUGUAUUUCAGCUAUUGCGUGCCUGCGACCUUGAUCUUGAUCCGCAAACUACAGCGUACGUUCCCCGCGUACGGGCCUUGGAAGAUCCAGGGAGGAUAUUGGACUGGGUUGGCUGUGAAUAUCUUCGCGUUUUCGUGGGGCUGGUAUUGCGUGUUUUGCCUGUCCAUGCCAACGUUUAUGCCGGUGACGGCGGCGAAUUUGAACUGGGCCGGUCCUAUCUUGCUGGGUGUGAUCUGUAUCGCCAUUGGGUCGUGGUUUGGUGGUGGCCACCGCAACUUUGUCCUACCCAAGGACGGCGUGGACCAGAAGGAGGGCAUCGAUUGA